CCUUCCUACUACAAUAUUUAUCUGUAUCUCUAAAAAAAAAAAGCGAUUACCAGAUUAAUCAAUCCAACAGGAAAAAAAAAAGAAAAGAAAAGAGAAAAACCAAUUAUCACUUCAUCCUUCCAACUACAGUAUUUCUGUCUCUCUAAAAAAAAAAAAUUACUCAAAAGAGUGACUGAGAGAAAAAGAAAACAGCUGUCUGUCUCUGAGAUUCGAGGGGGCCUCAUAAAAAUGUAAAUAUACAAAGGAAAAGGUCCUGACCAACAACACUUGUCUACUGAACUUGUUUAAUAGUUGCUGCCGUUUUUGCUUAACAUUAAGGAUGGAAGUUCUCUUUUUGAUGGGUUUGUAACAACUUCUGUGGAUUUAUCAUUUCGCAAAAAUCAGCGAGGAGUGAUUUUGCCGACCCCUGUGCAUAUCAAGCACCAUGUUGGAGGGAUCAUAUCUUGUUUCAAGGGACUUGCCUUCUGCGUGCGAGCAAGAGAGCAAGUGGAUAUACUAUGCUUUCCAUGUUAUUGAGCACUCAAAGGGAAAGCGUCCUUUGGAGGAUGUAGCAGACAUUGGUUUGAGAAAGUCAUCAAAGCUGCUUGAUGCCCUAGAGAAGGAGGAAACCAUGCAGUGUCUUCAUGAUCUUUCGCUCUCUCAAGAGGAACAAUCAGAUAAGCAGCAUGAUAGUGGCACUCAUUCUGAUUCAAGUUCUUUAAUCCACCAAAUUGGGCGAGACCUUUCAAUAAAUUGCCCGCUUCAUUGCUCAAGGUCAGAUUAUGGGUCCAUUUCUUCAUUGAACCAGAGCUUUAGGUCUUUAAUUCAGAGUGGAGAACUUUAUAGGCUCAGGAGACAGAUGGGUAUCAUAGAACAUUGGGUUUAUUUCUCUUGCAACCUCCUUGAAUGGGAGGCCUUUGAUCCCAUUCGUCGUAGGUGGAUGCAUUUGCCAACAAUGACAUCAAAUGAAUGCUUCAUGUGUUCUGACAAGGAAUCACUGGCAGUUGGUACUGAACUUCUUGUCUUUGGCAAGGAAAUAGAGUACCAUGUCAUCUACAAAUACAGCAUCCUCACCAACUCAUGGUCAUCGGGGAUGAAAACAAACACACCUAGGUGCCUCUUUGGCUCUACAAGCCUUGGGGAAAUUGCAAUUGUAGCAGGCGGUUGUGACUCAAGGGGAAAUAUUCUAAGCUCAGCGGAGCUUUAUAAUUCCGAAACAGGAACAUGGGAGACUCUCCCAAGCAUGAAUAAACCAAGAAAAUUGUGUUCAGGUGUAUUCAUGGAUGGGAAGUUCUACGUAAUUGGUGGGGUUGGUGUUGGCAAUUCAACCGUGCUUACUUGUGGCGAAGUGUAUGAUUUGAAAGCAAGGUCUUGGAUCGAGGUACCUGAUAUGUACCCAGCACGUAAUAGAGGGGCUGGAGCUAAUGAUGCUCUUGCAGCAGCUAAGGCACCUCCACUCUUAGCUGUUGUAAAGAAUGAGUUAUAUGCUGCAUAUUACGCUGAAAAUGAACUCUGGAAAUAUGAUAAGGGAAGAAACUUAUGGAUUACUAUAGGAAGAUUGCCUGAGCAUGCGACUUCUAUGAAUGGUUGGGGGCUUGCAUUUAGGGCAUGUGGGGAUCAGCUUAUAGUUAUUGGAGGACCUAGAGCGUUGAAUGGGGGAUUCAUUGAGAUUAAUUCUUGGGAACCUGCGGAAGGCGCACCAAACUGGAAUUUAUUGGGCAGAAAACAUUCAGGAAAUUUUGUUUAUAAUUGUGCAGUGAUGGGUUGCUGAGGUGUCUUAUUUGGAUGGGAGUAUUGAAACCUGUAUGAUCUCCUCUCUGCAUUUAGAUCCAGUCACCUGUUUACUUUUUGAUCUUCUGUUGUCAAUUUGUAUCAUUAUCAAUUGGUUAACGUGAGAAAUUCAUAAUGUGUAGAAGUGACAUAGAUCAACAAGUUGAAGCAGUGAUAAGGUUCUAGUUUGCCAUGAUGAUUUGGAAAAUUUUACUGAAAACAUAAUUGAAACUGUGUUGUAAAUUGAUAAUCUGAGUUUUAUUUAUAUUUGUAUUA